ACAGGGACAGCUCUACCUUACACAAUGUGUUGCGUUGUUCUUUUAAUGAUGUUUGGGGUAUAAAAUUUAUCACAUUAUGUUUACGUCAAGGCCAAUUCCAAAUCCUCUGGAUAUUGCGUUAUGGUUCCUAGAUCGUCCUAGAUGGAUAAGCAUAUGAUGUAACCAGUGUGCAGGGAUGUGUGUUCAGUGCAGUGGUUAAGCGUACGUUAGCGAAUUUGAUUUGGGAUUGAAGUUAGAUAUGCUCAGAGGAAUGUUAUUUGUGUACUAUAGAGUGCUAUAAAGCACAUACUAUAAGUAUCAUAUGAUAGUUGCGAGAAUAUUUAUUGAACUCGGGAACACUGAAGGGUGUUCGUGUGCUAAUUGGGAUGUUGACCUCUCUUUUGAGUGCUCCGAGGACAACUGCAUCAAGCUGAAUUACUAAGGAUGUCUGGAGAAGAGUUUGAGUCUGAUAUGGAGUAUUCAGACGAUGAUUGCUGUUAUGAAGAUUAUUACAACAUUGAAGAAGACUGUGAUGCAGAGCAAUUGGAUCCAAGCAAAACUGACCCUGAAUACUUCCUGUAUGAAUGCCUUACUGUUGAGGAAGUUGAAAGACUCCUAAAUGAAUCAGUUGAAAUAUUGAGCAAUACCCUACAGAUAACACCAUCAUUGGCAAAAGUCCUUCUGCAUGCUCAUGAAUGGGCAAUACAAGAUAUUAUUGUUAAAUACCGUGGAGAUUCAUGCAAACUUUUGGUGAUGUCAAAAAUAAAACCACCACAUCCUCCAGAAUCAGUUGCCUCAAGGCAUUUGCGGCAUCAGGUGUGCCCUGUGUGUGUGGCAUCACAGAGUAGUGACAUGUUCAGCAGUCUUGCUUGUGGUCACCUUUUCUGUAAAGAUUGCUGGACUAUGCAUUUUGAGGUUCAGAUAACUCAGGGAAUCUCUACAGGCAUUGGAUGUAUGGCUCAAGAAUGUGAAGUUCUGGCCCCAGAAGAUUUUGUGUUGACUUUGUUAAGUCGGCCAAGUACUCGCGACAAGUAUCAGCAGUUUGCAUUUCGGGAUUAUGUUAAGUCACACCCACAAUUACGAUUCUGUCCCGGACCCAACUGCCAAGUCGUUAUAAGAGCUAAGGAACCAUGGGCGAAACGAGCCAUCUGCAAUUUGUGUAGAACAGCAUUCUGUUUUCGGUGUGGGACAGAUUAUCAUGCUCCAACAGAUUGUGCAACUAUCAAAAAGUGGCUCACAAAAUGUGCUGAUGACAGUGAAACAGCAAAUUACAUCAGCGCUCAUACCAAAGAUGUAAGUCUUAGUGAUGUUAAUGAUUGUCCACGUUGUCACAUCUGUAUUGAGAAAAAUGGAGGAUGCAAUCAUAUGCAGUGUUACAACUGCAAACAUGAUUUCUGCUGGAUGUGUCUGGGAGACUGGAAAUCCCAUGGUUCAGAGUACUACGAGUGUUCCCGAUACAAAGAGAAUCCGAGCAUUGCUCAUGAGUCUGUCCAUGCUCAGGCACGUGAAGCUCUCAAGAAGUACCUCCACUAUUAUGAACGAUGGGAAAAUCAUUCCAAGAGCUUGAAGUUGGAGGAACAGACUUUGCAGAAGAUCAAGACUCGCAUAAAUAAGAAAGUUAUGAAUGCUUCUGGAACUUGGAUAGAUUGGCAGUAUCUACUUGAUGCCGCAUCCUUGCUUGCAAAGUGCCGCUACACUUUACAGUACACUUAUCCAUACGCUUAUUACAUGGAACCCGGUCCAAGAAAGGAGCUUUUUGAAUACCAGCAGGCUCAGUUAGAGAUUGAGAUAGAAAACCUUUCAUGGAAGAUUGAACGGGCAGAAACCACAGAUCGUGGUGAUUUACAGAACCAGAUGGACAUAGCAGAGAAGAGACGAGCAACCCUUUUAAAAGAUUUCCUUGAAGUAUGAUGUAAUUCAUACCAUGCUUCAGUUCACACCUCAUUCUUCAGCACCCCUAAGUCAGCUUAGAUUACCAAACUUUGGAAGUUUUUUACAUCAAUCCUCAAUGAGGAACAGAAUAUAAUUAAUUUUGCUGUAGUAGAAAAUAAUGGUUAUUUGAAUUCUGUUUUAUUUUUUACCAGUUUUAUUGUUUGCUUGCUUCUGAAAUGUUUUUGUUGACCAUACUUUUAUUAAUACCUUAUAUUGGUUAGGAGUAAACAUUCUGCUACAACAAAUGUUAAUUCCUAGGCUUGAAGUGUGUGUGCUGAAAAUAUUUACAGUGAAAAUAUUUAGCUGUACAACAGCAACUUUUAUUGUAUAACUGGCGUUUGCUCAAUCACAAGUAGCAUGUUAUUGUGCUUGUAGGUUGUGAUCACUUGGUCAUAAACAACUUCAGUAAUUCUUGUCUCACUUAGAGCUAAACAAGCAUGAACCCUUCUUACUUACUCACAAAACCGGAUUACUCCUUUUUACAGAUAUAUGUGCUUUGUGGUUAUGUUACCUAUGCCAACUGCAAAAUUUUUUAUAUGUUUUCUUUCUACUUAAUUGGAUGCUAUAUACACAUGGGGAAACCAAAAUUUUACUUGUGGGUCACCUGUGACCAGACUCAGUAUCCUGACUUUCCAUUUUUACCCACAGUCAGUCACACCAGUGCUUCUUCAUUUGAUGUUGAGCAGCAUUGGUGUGAUGAUUUAAUGAUGGACUCUGCAGUCUGCUCAUCCGUCUUACAUUGUGCACCAGGUUAAAAAAUAUGACUUUAAAUAAUUAAAACAAUAACUAGUAUUAAUUAAUUAAAUUGUGACAGAAGUACAGUUCUUAUUUAAUAAUGUGGUAUGUCCAUUGAAAGCCAGAAUAUUUUAAUGAGAAGAGAUGUCCACUACUAGGUUAUGGUGAAAUAAACAGCGAUGUAAAAAUGAAAUACAUCAUGCCACACAGUGUGACCAGUGGGAGUGCCACUGGAAGAAGUGUUUUCUAUUGGGUCCAUCUGGAGGCUGUCACAAGCACCAAUAGGACAAGCCACCCAGUCAUGUGCAAAUUGCAGAAGUAUAUCUGUCAUGCAGAACAACAACCGAGUUGAUGCUGACAUCUUUCUCUCCAAGUGUAUCUGGUAAUGUUGCUAAUUUUUUCUGCUCUUUCCUCUUUCACCUACACCAAUGGCUGACAGUCAUCUUGGUUGGAUACAUAUUAUCUCCACAUGCCGCCUUUUGGCUGUGUCCCAGUUUGGAAGCCAAUCAUCAAGCAGGAACAGAGGAAUCUGAGUACUCUUUCCACAACCAGUGUCACCACUGAUCACCACCACCUGAUGCUCUUUCACUGCCUCCAAGAUAACUUCCAUCUGGGCCCAGACUGGCAGCAUCUCUUGGUCCUUGACAGAAUAAUCAGUUCCUCAUCACUGAACCACCAAUUGACCACUGUCAACCCAAUACUGCUGGGUCAGGUUUUCUCUCUGGUGUGUGUAUCCAUAUUGACUUCAUUCUCAAAAGUCUUUGAAAAAGUUAUGUA